AAGCUGCCGCCCACAGCUCCACUGUGAUUGGUCACUCAUGUGUAUAUAUAUUUGCCCGGCGUCCAUCAUCUUUCUCUUUCUUCCACGCGACCCUCGAGUUCGAUACUACCUUGUCUUUAAACCAGCUGUUAGCGAUCCUUGGAAGCACUGCAAAGAUGCCCAGGGAAGACAGGGCCACGUGGAAGUCCAACUACUUCCUUAAAAUCAUCCAACUUCUGGAUGACUAUCCAAAAUGCUUCAUCGUGGGGGCAGACAAUGUGGGGUCCAGGCAGAUGCAGACCAUCCGCAUGUCCCUUCGCACCAAAGCGGUGGUGCUCAUGGGUAAAAACACCAUGAUGCGCAAAGCCAUCCGUGGCCACCUGGAGAACAAUCCAGCCCUGGAGAAGCUCCUGCCCCACAUUAAAGGAAAUGUGGGCUUUGUCUUCACCAAGGAGGAUUUGGCUGAGGUCCGGGACCUGCUGCUGUUCAACAAGGUGCCUGCAUCUGCCCGUGCUGGAGCCGUCGCCCCCUGUAAUGUGACAGUGCCUGCCCAGAACACCGGACUGGGUCCUGAGAAGACUUCUUUCUUCCAGGCUCUGGGCAUCACCACCAAGAUCUCAAGGGGAACCAUUGAAAUCUUGAGUGACGUCAAUCUAAUCAAGACUGGCGACAAGGUUGGUGCCAGUGAGGCCACGCUCCUCAACAUGCUGAACAUCUCGCCCUUCUCCUAUGGACUCAACAUCCAGCAGGUGUAUGACAAUGGCAGUGUUUACAGCCCUGAGGUGCUUGACAUCACAGAGGAAUCCCUGCACACCAAAUUCCUGGAGGGUGUGAGGAACAUUGCUAGCGUGUGUCUGGAGAUUGGAUACCCUACCAUGGCCUCUAUCCCCCACUCCAUCAUCAAUGGCUACAAGAAAGUUCUGGCUGUUGCUGUGGAGACGGACUACUCCUUCCCCCUGGCAGACAAGGUCAAGGCCUUCCUUGCUGACCCAUCUGCUUUUGCUGCCGUUGCUGCACCUGCAGCAGCCGCAGUUGCUGAGACUGCUGCUGCUCCAGCUGCUAAGGAGGAGGUUAAAGAAGAGUCUGAGGCAUCCGACGACGACAUGGGCUUCGGUCUGUUCGACUAAACAAAUGCAGCGAGCAAAAGAGUCAAAUAAGACCAUGAUUCAAUAAAAGAAUUAAUCUCAA